AUCGCAAAUCACAAAUCACAAGCAAGAAUAAUGACUUCCAACAUCUGAAGAUAGCUGUCGCGCUUCAAGAUAAUAUUACUACCUAGGUAAUAUUUUACACAUACCUAGGUAGGAAUAUCACCUACAUUUCUAGCAGCAAGCUUAAUAAGGUCCCGAUACUUCUUUACCCCAUCUCUGCAACCCCUGUAUCCUUGUCUGUAUUCCUUGUCGUUGCCCGUCCCUCAUCAUCACUACUCUACUAGCAUCUAAACAUUAUUGACGCUAUUAACCCUUCCAACUUUCACGACCUAUCUUCCAUGACUUAAUUUAUAUUACCUAGUAGUAUAUCGUUACAACCACGAGAUUCUGGGGAUCUUUCAGCAUGGCGACGACAAGUGAACCGCCAGAGGAGUCAAUCAUUCUUUUUUGCGACGUCACUGGUCUUACUCGAGGAGAAGUUAUCACUCGUUUAAAGGCAAAUAAUAACGAUCUUCCACGAGCAACAGAGGAGUAUUUUGAAAAUCCCAGCAGCCAAAAGUACAGAUGGGAUGAAUCUCAGUUCGGCAUGGAUCGCCAAGGCGAGGCCAACGAUACAGGUAUCUCUUUCAAUAUCCAAGGCCCAGACGAACUUGCGCCUACUAGCUACCAAAACACCGCUGCUCCGACCAGACCACCUUCGAGAGCGAACAAUACCUCACCCUUCGGUGCUCCAACCAACGCUGCCGAAGAAGAUGCGAAUUUAGAGCGCGCCCUAGCCGAGUCGGCUGCCGAAUCAGGAAUACCACGCCAAGAAGCUGGCAUUGUCGAUAGCGAGACGAAUUAUAAGUAUUUUGGUCCCGCGAACCGACCUCAAUAUGACACCGAGCAGUGGGCCAUGGUGCCUACAAAAGCUGCUACGGAUACCGAAAAGGCUGAUCCUACACCGUCUCAGAGAAAACGGGGAUCCGAUGCUCCUGCGUUUCUUCGACAGACGAAAGAUCAUAAACUUGGUUUUCUAUUGUCAAUUUUCCACCAAGUCCCUCUCGUCAGAAAUAUCCUCCUUCAAUAUGGUACACCGGCUAGAAAUUAUGGUCACAACUCGGAAUGGUGGCGAGGUCAACCAAUCCUUAAGCAUGAGCACCUUGCAGCAAUGGCGAGAGGAGAAUCAGAUUGGGACAGCGAAGCACGUCCAGAGUUUGCUGAAGAACUCCAUCGUCUAAUGGCGUUCCUUGAUAAGACAGAACGUGGAUAUGGAUCUGUCGACUCUCUUGUAGAUACCAAGGAAAUCGAACCGAAUCCGGGAGCAUGGGGGGGUUCCGACGCUGAGGAUAAGCUAUUCGACAUCCUAAAACAGGAGGCUAAAUCUAAUCCCUCGUUCGACAUGGAUGGUAUGAUAACAGUAGGCGCAAUAUUGCCCUGUUCCUCACAAACAGGCGACGGGUCUCAAUCAGAAGGUGACGGUGACAGUUCGAGUGACGAGGGUCAAGAGUUCGCGUUUCUCGAUACACAGCUAGACCUUGAGCAAUAUUCAUGGGUGAACACAUUCUACGACGCCUUAGAUCACAUUCUGUGGUUGCAGGCAUUAAACAUCGAUCACCCUUUUCCGGAAGGAGCUUGCUAUGCUGUCUUAUCAAAGGCUGCCGAUGUGAUAACAGCCCGGUUCAAUGGCUCGGGACUAUCUAAGCCUUGUGAGAUUCCCGCUGUGUUCUACGCCGAUCGGUACCUGAAAGAUCGAAAGGACCUCGCUCUCAAGUUUCAGACUCAGAUGCGAUACAUUAAGAAUAAGCUACGUAUGUAUGAUUUGUUGGAGGCGAAUCUACUAAGAUGCCAUGGACAACGGUGCCACCGGGUGAACGGUCUUGAAGAUGGACCACAUGACCUCUUCGCUUGUUUGGACGGAAUUAUCAAGUUCACCGAGAGAUUGAUGCAGCGCCAGACCAGAAGUGCCCAGUGGCGUUAUCAUCACGACCGCAUAGGAAAGAAUAUCGAACUCAGCCUAGACGAUAUUUUCGAUAUCUACACGUGGAGUGGAUCUUACGUCUUCUUACCGGAUGAGGAAGAGAGAAUGAAGAAUUGGAAAGACGUCAUAGACGAGGCAAACAAGAAGAUCCAGGGGCUAAAGGAGGACUUGGCCAAAAUCGCGAAGGCAAAGAAGUUUUAUUCCGAUUCCUUGGAGGUAAUCUCGAAACGUCUAACAUGCCAGGAAGAUGAGGUCGAUGAUUCGAAGUUCGUCUUUCGGUCGACUUCCGCUUAUAAUCCGGACUAUUGGAAUCCUACUCAUAAAUAUUCCCUACGCGGUGUUGCGCUUACGUCUGAGCUGGCAUACGUUUGUGUAAGGCAAGGUGUUGAGUCAGUUGAUGUUGACAAGGAGUCUAAGCCCAAAGACCAAUGGUGGAAGAUUGGAUACUCUCCAGCCGAUGGAACUCCUAUCAAGACCGAGAAAGCAACACAGGAAGAUGUCCUCCAUGCGGCAGGAACAGAGUCUAAAUACCCUAUUCUUGUCUAUGCUACAGAAGCUGCUAUGACGGCGACGCCUACUCCGUUGCCGGACGCUCUACGGAUGUUCAUACGCGCGGACAACCGCUCAUUUCAGCAGGAACUCGUUCAUGAACAAGAUCAGGUACAGCCUGCAGAUAACCACCCUUCUUCAGGAGUCAGAGCCGAAGAUCUUUCGCAGGUCGCUGUCGCACCAUCAGGCAAACGGAAAUACAGCGUUGGUUCAUCGGUAGCCACGCAAGGCAGUUCUCGGGCUGAUCUCGCUGAGGUGGACCCUUUCCAGUGGGAAAUGCAAUCAGAGGUUGACUACGCCAAUGCAGAGGAGAUGCAAAAAUUGCCGGGCAGCACGGUACCACCUAAGUCUCCCGAGAUGCAAGAACGUGUUGGGGGACCAGCACCCUUCCUAACUCGGCAAACUUAUACGACACUGAGUGACUCUGUCGAGAUGAUGGACAUCGAUACGGAUGUGGAACAUCACGAAGGAUGAUCGAGUCACGUAUGGAUUAUGGCUUUGACAUCUUUCCCGCCGGAUUUGCGGGAAGUGAAAUUGAUGUCUGAAUGAGUAUUUCGUGAAGACAUCAAACGUGUUUAGAUUAUCGAGAUGUUUCGAUAAAAAAAAAGGGCGUGUGAUGGGUUUGAUUCGGUUAUAUGCAUGGAAGGAAAUGAAAUAAUUGAGCAACUGAUUUCCUAGUUGUGAUGUUUACCCCGGGGUAUACCUCCCGGGGGGCCGUGUAUACUAAGUACUGUACCAUGAUGACUUCCACGAUACCCAAAGAUGGUUAAUGAAUGAGCAUGAGGCAUGGAUUUACCAUUACCGGACCAAUAGUGACCUGUAAAUUAGGAGUGGUCCUUUUUAAGCUCAAGGG